AAUGUUUUACACACUGAACAAUCUGUUCUCAACUGAAUUUUGAACUAAUUGACAAUCCACUUAAAAAAAAUACCACCAGCGUCUUUUGUUUGACUUUCUGGUUGAUCAGGUUUGGGUGUGACGACAAAAAGAAGUAAGUCGGGUUCAAACUGCCUUUGUUCAAACUGUGAGCCUUCUGGCAAAACAAUUUGAACUUUUUGUACGCAUAAAAGACUUUUUGUUCUGUUUGGUAGCAAGGUAAAAACAUACCUUUGUUCAGUGUCGGUUUAAUCKUCUAAAAAGAAACUUCCUUUAUGCCGAGAUUUAGAAUUCCAUUAAUAUGUUUUUUGUUAAGUUAAUACAUCAACACCCUGACUGUGAAAACACAGAUUUACCCCUCAUAUUUAAAUAAAAACUCUUUGGGUUUAGCGUUUUUAACCACUGGAUAUGUUUAUUUGCACCCUUUUUCACCCAUUUCCAAUCUGUUUUUAUUGAAACACUGAAGAAAACAUUGCUGUGUUUGCUCAAGGCGUGAGCUGACCUACAUGCGAGGCUGAUUGGUUGUGUGUUCAAACACAGCUUGCACCUGAAAGCCAUUGUUCCCGAUCUUUAAACGUUCCUUGAGGCAUCGAAGCUUGUWUGUCUGGGAACAAUGAACCAGAACUGUGAGUAUCAGGUCUCAGGUUUCCCCCUUUGUCUGGUAGAACAUUAACUCCACCCUGAAGUCUGAACCACAAACCGUUUCGACUCACUGACUUCGAAGCACCAGAGCAAAAACCCCUCAACCAACCAGUACUUAAGUGUUUAAUAAUUCUUCAAGACGUGACCGUUUUGUGGCUCCAACAUGGCUUCUCAGGGAAUGCAGCUCUUGGGUAUCCUGCUAGCCUUCAUCGGCUGGGUGGGCACCAUCGUCACCUGCGCUCUGCCCAUGUGGAGGGUCACCGCGUUCGUCGGGGCCAACAUCGUGACGGCGCAGUUGAUCUGGGAGGGCUUGUGGAUGAGCUGCGUGGUCCAGAGCACGGGCCAGAUGCAGUGCAAAAUGUACGACUCCAUGCUGGCCCUGCCUCAGGACCUGCAGGCCGCCAGAGCCAUGGUCAUCAUCUCGGUCAUGGUCGGGGUGCUCGGCACGCUCAUGUCCGUCGUCGGAGGGAAGUGCACCAACUGCAUUGAGGACGAGGCGUCCAAAGCUAAAGUCUGCAUCCUAGCCGGAGUGAUUUUUAUCAUCGCCGCCUUGCUGAUCCUAAUCCCAGUCUCCUGGUCRGGUCACACCRUCAUCAGGGACUUUUACAACCCUCUGCUGACCGAAGCGCAGAGACGGGAGCUCGGAGCAUCUCUUUACAUUGGAUGGGGCUCGGGUGGGCUGCUUCUGCUGGGAGGAGGUCUGCUCUGUAGCAGCUGUCCCCMUAAAGACAACGGACCUUAUAUAGCUGCCAAGUUUGCCCCUUCAAGAAGUGUAUAUUCAAAUGUGAACUAUGUGUGAGUCCUUUGAUGUCAAAGAAAACAUUUCAUUUUCAUUCUUUAACCUCUCUAAAUGAAAAUUUAAAAAAACACUUCAACAAAGAAAAUUUAAAUAUUCUAAAUUGUUGAUUUUUUUAGUUCUUAUUAAUUUCAAAGAUUAAUAUUUUAGUUGUGUUAUUGUUCCGUGUUCUCCUCCAAUCUGAGCAUUAAUGAAGUCUAAAUAAUCYUUUUCACUGUUGCACAGUGAACCUCAAUCAUAUGUUUAAUCACCAGUACAUUUCAAAUGUCGAUAAUAAAGUGACUUUAUUCA